AUGUCCAAGAGAAACAGGCAGAUUGUCAAGGAUGGAGGAGCCGAAGCCGCCGCACCCCCGGAGCCGAAGAGGAUGAAGGUGGAUGGCUCCUCUUACACCGCAGGGUUGACGCAUGACAAGUACACUAGGCAUGCAGAUCUCCUAAAGCCACUGAAUGACCCAAACACCUACACUCUCGGGGCCAUUCGUAAUCACAACGUCGUCAUAGCUUGCUUACCAAAAGGCAAGACUGGAACCAUUCCAGCAGCCACCGUUGCGGCCCGGAUGGUCUCCACCUUUCCGUCUAUCAAAUUCGGCCUGAUGGUUGGCAUCGGUGGUGGUGUUCCACCUAAGGUCAGGCUCGGCGAUGUGGUAGUUAGCACCCCUGUGAGCGAGUUUCCUGGCGUGGGCGACAACUUCGAGCGGACCAGGGCGCUGGAUACACCGCCUAAUCUGCUGCUCACAGCUUUGACAAAACUGGAGUCAGAGCACGAUUUGACUGGUUCUUCCAAGAUUCCGGAGUUUCUCGAGGAAAUGAAACAAAAAUGGCCUGGGCUGGCGCCAAAGUAUUUGAGGCCCGAGUCGCUAGAGGAUAUCUUAUUCAAGGCUGAUUACGACCAUUUUCAUGAGAGCAUUGCAGACGGCGAAGCCACCGCGGAUAUUGACGACGGAGAGGAGAAGAAAGAGAGCUGCCAAUUCUGUGAUAGGACUAAGCUCGUCAAGAGGAAGCCCAGAAAUAUGCGCAUCCACUAUGGUCUGAUCGCGUCGGGCAAUAAGGUCAUGAAAAACGCCUCCUUCCGGGAUAAACUCAACAAAGAUCUCGGCGGCAAUGUUCUCUGCAUUGAAAUGGAAGCAGCAGGGCUCAUGAACAACUUUCCAUGCAUCGCCGUCCGAGGCAUCUGCGACUAUGCGAAUUCGCAUAAGAAUCAAGAUUGGCAGGAGCAUGCGGCUACUAUAGCUGCGGCAUUUGCGAAGGAACUUCUGGGAUUUGUACAGCCAAGUGAUAUUGACAGAGAGCGUCCAACUACCAACCCCAGAAUUCUUGGCCGGUACCUAGCUUGA